GAGGCCCGACAAACCCGUUGGCCUCAACAGUAUUGGUCGCAAUUCGCAAAGCCUCUGUCCUCUCUAGCUUUGCGCAAACCAGACCCACUCGAUACAUAGACUCUCUCUCUCUCUCUCUGAGAGCCAGAGACUGUAUAAUUUGUAUUAGAAAGAAAAGAAAGUGAGAGUAACAAGGUGGGAGAGAUCGAGAUGGUGAUGUGGGUAUUUGGGUAUGGUUCUCUUAUAUGGAAAGCUGGCUUUAACUACGAUCAUCGCCUUGUUGGUUUCAUCAAAGACUAUCGCCGUGUCUUCUAUCAAGGUAGUACGGACCACAGAGGGACACCGGAGUAUCCAGGGAGGACGGUGACAUUGGAGCCUGCAGAAGGGGAAGUCUGUUGGGGAGUUGCCUACAGGGUCACUAAGAAGGAAGAUGAAGAAGUUGCACUAACGUAUUUAGAAGUGAGGGAGAAACAGUACGACAAGAAAGCUUAUCUUGAUUUCUUCACUGAACCUACAGCUACAACGCCCACUGUUUUUGGAGUAAUGGUGUACAUUGCAUCUCCAGACAAGAAGCUCAACAGGAAUUACUUGGGGCCUGCUUCUCUUGAAGAUAUUGCCAAGCAAAUCAUUCACGCUGAAGGCCCUUCAGGACCCAACAGAGACUACCUUUUUCAACUUGAGAAGGCUCUUGCUCAAAUUGGAUGUAAAGACGAGCAUGUGAUGGAUCUUGCAAAUGAAGUGAGGAGCAUCCUUUCCCAGGGGGAGCUGACUGCUUCAUGAUGUCAUGAAUACUUGGCAAAAGGUUUUUAUGAAUUGGAGCAGUCAUCAAGGUUUUGUGAAAGAUAUUAAACCGUAUUGGACUUCAUAAAAAAGAAAAAAAAUUGGAUUCUAAGCAUUGUUGGGACUCGGUUUUUCAUUUAAUAAAGGCCCCUGCUGUAUCCCUUUUCUCCA